AUGCCUGGAGAAUGUUAUCGUUGUCAUGAAUCGGGACACUUUGCCCGCGAAUGCCCCAACUCUGAUGGUCAAGAACAGCGCGGUGGUGGUGGACGUGGUGGCGGCGGUAAGUUGUUUUCGAUUAGCUGAGUUGGUUUUUAGGCAAGAGAGUAGUGAUUAGUCAGUGUUUAUAGUAGAGUAGAAGACUUGGCUCGUAAACAACUUCGGGCAAGUCUUCUCCGUAGGGUUGAAAACUAUUUUUCAUAAACCUUGUACUAGGUAAUAUAGAUGGAGAGUAUCGUUAGGAUCUUUAUUGGUUAUUGAGAUGAAAUUUUAGUGGAUUGAUUGGAAUUUGAUUAGUGUGGAGUGAUAUAUUUUUCAAGUUUAAUAUAAUUUUUUUUUCAGAAUGCUACAACUGUGGUCAGACCGGACACAUGAGCCGUGACUGUACUGAGGCUCGUCGCAGCGGUGGUGGACGCCAACAAGGUGGAUAUGGCGGUGGCGGCUCCAAGUGCUACAACUGUGGUGGAUUCGGACAUUUCGCUCGCGAAUGUACCGAGGCUUCAAACGGUAGGUUUUUUGUUGGUUUCAAGAAGGUUGAGUGAUAUAAGGAGAUAUUAGGUUAGAUGUCUUGAUAUUAAGUUAGUGUUACAAGGGGCCCUAUUGCCAGUAUACGUUCUAAAUUUCUGUUUCAGACCAAGGAGGACGUGACAACCGCGACAGCGGAAGGGGCCAAGGAUCCAAGUGCUACAACUGCGGAGGCUUCGGCCACUUCUCCCGCGAAUGCCCCGAUGGACAGUCCGGCCGUCGUUGCUACAACUGCCAGCAGUCCGGUCAUGUCUCCCGUGACUGCCCCAGCGCUCGCGCUUAA